AUGAAUCAUGUCGGUAAAUUAUACAAAGAUUUAGUUGAACGAUUCGAACACUUGUUCACAGAUACUUCUGCAUUACUUCAAAGGCCAAUGUCAAAUGAACUAAGCAAAGAACUUGAAGAGAGCUUUCAAAAUAAACUGAUCAAUAUCGAUAACGGUUGUGAUGAUAAAAACUUGGUAGUCAAAACAUUGGAGUCAAGUAUAAACGAUAUCGAUGAACUUUUGAAUGAAUUAAAAGAUAUUCAAGACACACUUAGUGACAAAGGAACUGAGUCAUUAGCUAAAAUAUGUCAUGACACGCACAUUAAAAAUUCUCUUCUUAAUAUUAUUGGUGACAAAGUCAAAUGUGAAAAUUACGUCUUCUUGACUGUUCAUUUAAUUCACGUUCGAUCCAAAUUACAAGAAAAAACAAUUGAUUUUGAAGAACAAAAUAUAGAACAAUGGACUGAUAGUUUUUAUGAGCAAGCAGAUCAAACAAGCCAACGAAGUACAAGAAAUCGUUUUCGUCCUGAUGAGAGAGAUGAUGAGGAAGAUUAUGACUCUGGUGGACGUCAUGUUCCUGGUAUAGUCCUCAAUUCAAAUCCGGAGCCGGACCCUCUUCCAUCACCUUCGAAUCAGGUUCACAUAUUAUCGCUUUUUGAAUUGAAUAUCGGACCUACUUCAAUAGCAUCAUUGAAAUCAGUGUUUGGAAGCGAUGAUCAGACGAAUAAUGCAACAACUUCUCCAGACAAAGUUGAAAUGUUUGAACUGACAAACCCAUGCAAUGUUCCAAAAUUUUGUAUAAAAUGUAAAACUGGAACAUUCUAUGGCAAACUGAAGGCACAUUUGAUCCAGAAAAAAUACGAUAUGAAUACAUAUGCCGUCGUUGACUAUAAUAAAAUAUUCGUCGACUUUACACGAACCGAUGCUCGUCUACCUAAACCAUUCCCUACAAAAUAUUGUAUCGUUGAAAGGAGCUUAUUAAUUCCAAUUGUUUUUCAAUAUGGAGGCGAACAAUACGAAUAUUUAACAUUAUCAGACUAGAAGAAUAUAGUAACAUUGGAUGGUAUUAGUGAAGACCAAACCCGAACUGUUACUUUAUGUUUUGGAUCGAAUGUGAAAGUUAUUCGAACACUUGGUUCGCUUCGAAUGCACGAUCUAUUGAGUAGUGACACCCUUCGACAAUUCAGUUUAAUUGUUUUACCAGAAGAUUGUGUUUUCACACUUGGUGAUGCUGAUGAACAAGAAUUAUCUGAAGAAGAUAUGAAAAAAUUGAUCGAAGAGUUUUCUCAACCAAUACAGUGUCGAAUAUGGCUAAAAGUUCACAUUCAUCAAUAUGAUAUUCAACGAGAUAUUGUCGUAAAAAUUAAAGAAGAUACUAUUACUGUGGAUCAAAUAUUGCACAUGCAAGAAAUACUCAAUGAAGAUUACAAAUAUUUAGCUUCUAGCGAUAGAAAUGCAGUUAUUGCUGAUGACCAAAAGUUUGUUGAUUUGAAUGAAACAAAAUUCAUUCUUCUCAAAGAAAAUGAAACAUGUUGUGUUUCAAUUGGUGAUUUAAAUAAAGCACAAGAAGAUGGUUAUUCUAAACGAUACGCAAAAUUCGCAACUAUUGCCGAUGUCUUGAAAGAUAGUAAUGUUGAUGCUGAUUGUCUUCUCUGUCUCAAUGAUAUUGCUCCUUCAAAAGAAAUUAAAUUGGCUUUACUUCCACCACCAAUUCAGUUUCAAAUUAUCAAGGACGACUUACUAGCACUCGUUACUGUUACCAAUCCGGAGCAAGAAAAUUGUUCCAUUCAGUUCAAAUGUUCAAAAUCAAAUACUACAGGAAGGGUAUUCCAAAUUUCAUGUCAAUUACUAAAUACCAAUACAAGCUACUAUCAACUCAAUGAUGAAUCGAGCGAGAUAGAUUAUGAAUUAACUCUCGAAGAUCUCGACUCAUCUUCCAGUAACUUUCACUUUAACUUAGUCUCUACAUUUGAUAAGACAUGCUCCAUACGGUACAAAAACGAAACUCUUAAACUACCAUGUUCAAACACAACAAUCUUGAAGGAUCUUGUAAAGGAAAUGUUUCGAAAGUUUCAUAUUUCUGAAGAAGACAUCGAUCAAUUUGAAGUAGAGCAGGUUUUGAAUGAUAAUGAAUCAUCAACAGCCGAUAUGGAACUAACGAUUGACGAUAUUCUUGCAACUGAUUCUGGGAACCCAGACACACUGAGUUUGCUGUUUGAACUGAAGAAGAAUGACGAAUAAC